GUCGGUUGUGUCGUAUGGAGAUACAACGCUGCUGCCACGCAUGUUAUACCGGCACAAUGUGCGACCGACGGUCGAGCUGCCGUGCUGCCGGUGCGACUCGUGGAUAUCAAUCUUGCCAGUCUCAACGAGCUAGGGAAAUGAUAUUUUAAAUGGAUAAAAUCGAAAAAGGAAACAAUGAAUUGGACGAGAAUAUCGCUACUUCUGUGCGUUUUUGGAUUCGUAAAAGAAUUUCGACCGUCCGAACCGUUUGUCGUCGAAUAUUUAACCGGACCCUGGAAGAACUUCACCGAGGAGCAGGUUUAUCAAGACCUCGUUCCACUGUACACGUAUUACUAUUCAGUAACGUUACUUCCCAUACUCUUGCUGACUGAUUUCCUCCGUUAUAAACCGAUCAUCAUAUUAUGCGGCUUAUCGGGAACUUGUUCUUACAUAGCAAUUAUACUUUCGAAAGGAGUGGAAGAUGUGCAAAUUAUUUCGUUCUUGCUUGGUGUGUUCAUGUCCUCAGAGGUAGCGUAUUUUUCGUACAUAUAUGCUAAAGUCAGUAAGCUACACUAUCAAGAGGUUACUAGUCAUACCAGAAUGGCCCUUUUGCUAGGAAGGUUUACAGCGGGUAUUACUUCCCAAUUGACUGUAUCUACAAAUCUGUUGGAUUACCACCAGCUCAAUUACGUCUCGUUACUAGCACUCGGAAUUGCGACGAUCUGGUCAUUUUUUUUGCCUCCUUUGGGGCAGUCCGUCUACCUCCAUCGUCCAAUCGGUUCUGCUUCUAACGAACCUGCCCCAUCUAAAAUUGACAUAGGAUUAACAAUCCAGGCGGAGCGAAGCUCGGAACAAUUAUUUAACUUGCAGCAAGGCACGAGUCUCAACAAUCUUGAAAAAGAACCAAGUCUAGCUAAAAAGAUCAAACAUGUCUAUUAUCUACUCUGGAAAGAUUUUCUACUGGCAUAUUCUAACAGCUAUGUACUGAAAUGGUCCUUGUGGUGGACAUUGGCUACCUGUGGAUUUAUGCAGGUAAUUAACUAUGUACAAGUACUCUGGCAGAGUUCGUUUGAAGAAGCAGCCAAGGUUUAUAAUGGGGCCGUUGAAGCUGCUCUCACGAUCAUGGGUGCAUUGGCAGCAUUCGGCGUUGGAAAGCUCAAAUUGAAUUGGUCGAUAAUCGGAGAAGGGACAUCGUCGAUAAUUGCAUUAAUACAGGGUAUUUUGCUAUUCGUAGCAGCACAAACGCACAACAUAUGGAUCUCAUAUACUGCUUACGUCAUAUUUAGUGUCGCGUACCAGGCUAUGAUUACUGUUGCAAGCUCUGAAAUUGCUAAACACUUAUCUGAGGAUAGUUACGGAUUGAUAUUUGGAAUGAACACAUUAGUAGCAUUACUGGAGCAGAGCCUUUUGACAUUUCUUAUCAGUGGAAGUCAGGUUUUUGGUUUAGCAGUCAGGCCACAGUACGUCGUCUAUGGAUGUUAUUUCGUUGUCCUCAGCGUCAUAUUUAUGAUAAUGGCAGUACACACGCUAGUGAAGCAUCGCAGAAGUAAUAAACAAUUUAACUUGUGGGAAUCAAGACUUUCCACCCCAUAGCUAAUUGAA